AUGUCUCCAGGAUGUUUAUCAAUAAAGAUAUUCUCUCUAGAUUAUUACUUUGCAUUGCCAAAUGAUUUACUGGAUAUAGGGUAUUCAAAGUUUGCAAAAUGUUAUUCACAUCGGAUCCCGAUUAUUCGGGUUUAUGGCACAACACAUGCAGGCCAGAAAAUAUGUGCCAACGUACACGGAGUUUUGCCGUACAUUUUCGUUGAGCUGCCAAAUGUGGAGUCAGAUAUUCAUGAAUUCGUCCAGUCGUUUGUUCUCAGCCUUGAAAAAUCCAUUCGUACAAAGCUUAGCACUCUUAGCGUCAAAGACGUCAUAGUUUUUGACGUUUCGGUGGUAUCUGGUUUUUCGAUAUACGGUUAUCAUGAAUCAAAAACACCUUUCAUCAAGCUUUACCUUGUGGACCCCAGUUUGGUUUCCGUCUGUUCCGAAAUAUUGCUGAGUGGGGUCGUAUUAAAUCGCCCCUUUCAAACUUAUGAAUCACAUAUUCCAUACUUAUUACAGUUUUGUGUGGAUUAUAAUCUGUUUGGUAUGAACCUGCUUUAUGCAGGGUAUUUCAGAUUCCGUACCUCAAAUUCUGUAGGAUUUCCGUCGUUGAUAAGGAGCUCGGAAAAUGCAUGGAAUCCCCAAAAAUUUGGUUCGGAAUAUCUUCUACCGCCAGACUCUAUUCUGAAAUGUACAAGUAUGGAACUAGAAGUUGAUAUAUCUGCUUGGGACAUACUGAAUCGUCGAGAUCUGCAAGAUAAUUUAUCUAUAAAUCCUGGCCUAGAAGCUAUGUGGCAUGAAGAGAAAAUGCGUCGUGCAUCCAAAUGUAACAUUUCAAAUGAAAGACUACCUGAAAUGCCUACUCCUGAUGAAUUAUUACCAAUUAAACAGAGUGGUGUAGUUAAUCUGUCAACAAGUGAAAUGCAUUAUCUUAUUCAAUGGACUAAUUUACUUCAUGAUCAACAUACAUCUUUGGAACUUCAACAAGAUAUAAACUGUACAGAUUCAUCUGAUCCGAAUGAGUACAUUUCUAAUUGGCUUGAAUCCAGUCAAACAGAUGAUGAUAAUUUUGAUUAUGAUUAUGACGAUAAUGACGAAAAACUGGGCAUUAAUUACAAAGAGGAUGCUUCCGAUGAAGUUAAUAAUACUGAACUGUCCGCUACUGUUCAACAUACUCAAGAAUCAAUUGAUUUAAAGUCUCCCAUUAAUAGUACUUUACAGCAACCGCCAGUUAAAACAAAAUCAGUAAGUAGUUUUACAACGAUAAGUUCGGCUGGUUUAGAAGAUCUUUGUCGUUUAGCUAAUGCAAUCGAAGAAUUUGAUGCAUGGGUACCAACACCUGAACAAUUGGAUCAGUUGCUUAAUAAUGUAGAAUAUCCCGCAGAAGUUCAUUCUUCGUUGAAUGCAACAAAUAUUCAGCAUCCUCGACUAUUGACUAAUGAUGAUGACGAUUGGAUUUGUAGUCCUAUUGAAUUGGCUAAGAACAAAACAUUUGAUAACAAUGUUUUGAACAGUACUUUGACUAGUCGAAAUUCAAUCAUCGACCAGUCCAAUGUCAUUGGUAUAGACAAAGGACAGGAUGAUGACAAAACUUUAAUUUUAAAUGCAGCACAAUGUGCUCUGUCGUUUGUAUGCAGUCAACAAUCGGCGGUAGAUAAACCAACAGUUGGAAGUCUCUGUGCUACAAAAAAUGAGAUAACUGAAGAUGAUGAGUGUAUGUCUCAACCUGUUGGAAGUUAUUUGGAUAAUGAUGAUAUAUUCUAUUCUAUAAGUCAUUCUAAUGAAGUGUUUAUCCCAACGCAAGAUUUGGAAUCACUUCAUGAAAUCGAUGAGGAGGAUGAAGAAUCAUGUGAUGUGCUCCACUUAAAUUCAACUCCUUUACAAAACAAGAAUAUGAAUGAACAAAUUUUCCGUGCACAGGAUGAAUGUACAUUGUCUGAUUCUCCUAUAAUUCUUUCACCUUUAUGUCGGUCUGCAGAAAAUUCUCCACCAGAUGUCGAUGGCAAUAUUGUGAAAUCUAACUUUCAAGUUGAUAGUGUUUCAGAUAUACUUUUUGAUUCUUGGAGUUCUGAAAGUGAUACUUCAAAGUCAGGUAAUUGUAUACCUCAAGUCGAUGGAAACAUGGAUACAUUUCACACUGAUAGUGAUGGUAAUAAUCAGAGUAGUAGUACAAGUACUUAUUCUUCGAAUACUACUGUACUUAAAGCUAAAGGUGAAAGAAAUCGUCCUAGAAAACGUCGACGUCUUAGUCUACGUUUACCGAGAAAGCACAUUUCAACUACUCAAAUUACGAAUACACAAAGUACUUGUACAACAACAUCAAUUAUAUCGUCAUUUAGUUCAUCUAGCCUUCAAUUGAAUGAUAUUGAUACUAGUGUUUCUACUGAUAAUGUUUCAUUGAACAAAUCAACUCCAAUUGUAAACAAAAAUCAAUCUGUUUUUGAAGAAAACUUACUCACUGAUCUUAACAACUCAACAAAUUGUCAUUCUUCUACUCUAAUAAACUAUUCAGUAUCUAAUAGUAAUAAUCUAUCAAAUCCUGUUGUCCUUCUUGAACGUUUACCAUCAUAUUUUGAUGUAGCUGAAACAUCUUUUCAACAAUCAGGACGUUUAACACCCCCUGAAGAAUUUUCAGAUCUUGAAAAUACUAUGAUAGUCAAUUCAGAGACACAAACACCAAAAAUGAAUUAUUCAUCAGUUGUUUUGUCUGAACAUCAACCUUUAUUUUCUUCAUUUCAUCAUGAUUUUCAAGAUACCACAUAUUCACCAUAUACUUCUAGUUUAUAUACAGAUAAACUAAGUGUUUGUUCACAAACACAAUUGUCGCCGUUUAGUGGUAUGGAUCACCGAUCUACAAUUCAAUCAGAAAAGACAUCAUCAUCAUCUUCACUUUAUUUUACUCCAUUUUGGCGUCCAGUACAUUCAGCACCUAGAUUAGAGGUUGUAAAUAAGUGGCUUAAACAAUCAAAAACAUCACAGGAUUUUAAAAAAUCAAAUGUUAUGAAGAAAGAUUUCGUUUGUACGGAUUCACAGUCAGAAAAUGAUAAAGCGAUCAACCUUUCGAAUGACUUAUUUCCACAGUGUACAGCUGUUAAUCUAAUAUCAUCGACUAAUAACGAACAAAAUACCAAUGACGAUUAUCAAACACUUUUAUAUCCACCGGAUAAUGAACAAUCUAUUGAUACAACACAACAUUCAACUGGUAAUUCUGUUAGUGUUUUAUAUCAAGGUGCUAAUCAACGUUGUUUCUCAUCGGUUCAGGUUGAUCAUACAACUGUAGCCAGUUUAGAAUUACAUUGUUCUAGUCGUUUAACAAAAUCACAAACUAUAUCAUCUAAUCAAAUAGAAUCGAAAAUAAUCAAAAAAUCAUUAUUAAAAUGUGGUCUAAUUCCAGAUCCAGCUUUUGAUUCUAUUCAAGUUGCUUGUCUUAGUUUUUUGUAUCCACAACAAUCAUCUACAAUAGAAUCUACCGAUAAUACUCAUCGAACUAAUUUAUUUGUUUUAAUUCAUUCUGAGUUAUCUAAUACUACAAAUAUCGGAUUAUUUAAUAAAUAUUGUCAUGGAUUAACAAAUUAUGGUUAUGGAAAUAAUCGACAUCAAUUACAACAUGUAAUUCCUUGUAUCAUUUGGUGUUCAACUGAAUGGAAUCUUAUAUCUUGGAUUGUUUAUUUAAUUCAAACAUUUGACCCUGAAAUAUUGAUUGGUUAUGACAUUGAACGGUUUUCAUGGGGUUAUCUUGUUGAACGUGCCAAUCAUCUUGGACGACGUACCUUUACUAGAGAAUUAUCGCGUUUAGCAUCAGACAUUAUAAACUGCCCUCAUUGUUAUCAGUGUAUUGCUAAAUGCAUUAAAAUAGUUCAAACACCACCAACAAGAACAUCGUCAUUGUCUGCCGCCACUACAAACAGUAGUAUUAAUAGUUGUAUUUUCACUGAAAGAAAUAGUCCUUGGCACUUUAAUACUGAAGAAUUUGUUAAUGAUCUAAAUGACCUAUGUAAUUGUCCAUGCAGUCCGUUGUAUUCCACAAUAAUAACAAACAAACAGUCGGAUCAUUCUAAUAACGCUAAUAACAAUUAUCGUCGCAUAUGGCCAUGUGAUUCAGCUGCUGGACGUACUGGAGGUCCAUUCGCUUGUCCCGGUCGUGUUGUUCUAUGUUUUUGGAGGAUUCUAAUGCAUGAAAUCAGUUUAUUCGAGUACAGUGUAGAAACUGUAGUGUAUCACUUGUUGAAGGAAUUUAUGCCUCGUUAUACAUUUGCACAGUUGAAUGAAUGGUACAUGAAUAUGAAUGGAGCUAACCGCUGGCGCACAAUCGACUAUUGGAUACGUCGUUCUAUUGUAAAUCUGAGAUUAUUGAAUACUUUAGAUUUAAUUGGUCGAACAAGUGAAUUUGCUCGUAUAUUUGGUAUUGAAUUCUAUCAUGUUCUAUCUCGUGGUUCUCAGUAUCGGGUUGAAUCUCUUCUCUGUCGAAUUGCAAGACAAUCAAAUUUUAUUUUACCUAGUCCAAGUGUUACACAACGUGCUCAUCAACUUGCUCCAGAAGGCAUUCCAUUGAAUUUAGAACCAGAAAGUGUAUUUUUCAUUGAUGGUCCUGUGGCUGUUCUUGACUUUCAAUCAUUAUAUCCUUCUGUUAUAAUUGCUUAUAAUUAUUGUUAUUCUACACUGUUGGGACGUCUUUCAUGUCUUCUUGAAGGUGAGGAAGUUUCAUUCAAUCUUGGUUGUUUAUCACAUUCACUUCCAUCUGGUCUGAUCAAGAGAAUCGGUCGAGAAGUUAAUAUAUCACCAAAUGGAGUUGUAUUUGUGAAAAAAUCAAUAAGGGAAGGAAUUCUACCACGCAUGUUAAAACAGCUGAUUACAACUCGUUUAAUGGUAAAAGAUUCAAUCAAAUUGUAUAAAACAAAUAAGUGUUUGAACAGAUUAUUAGAUGCACGACAGCUCGGAUUAAAAUUAAUGGCCAAUGUGAUAUAUGGUUAUACCGCGGCAAGUUUUUCUGGACGUAUGCCAUGUGUAGACCUUGGUGAUAGUAUUGUGCAUAAAGCCAGAGAAAUUUUAGAAAAUGCUAUUGAACUGGUUAACAGUGGCAAGAUUGUAUUACCAGAUAAUUGUAACGGUCUUCCAACACCACGAGUAGUCUACGGUGAUACGGAUAGUUUAUUUAUACACCUUAAAGGUUAUGGUAAAUCAGAAGCAUUCGAUGCUGCAUAUCAAAUUGCCAAAGAAGUAACAUCAAUGAAUCCGGUACCCAUUAAAUUAAAACUUGAAAAGAUUUAUUAUCCAUGUUUAUUAGAAGCAAAGAAACGAUAUGUUGGUUAUGCUUAUGAAACUGUUGAACAAAAUGAACCAAUAUUUGAUGCAAAAGGAAUUGAAACUGUAAGACGUGAUAGUUGUCCAUUUGUAGGACAAGUUCUUGAAGAAUCUUUUAAACUUCUAUUUAAUCAUUUCACUAUACCAAAUUGUUUGAAAAAUGUAGAAGGGAAUUUCUAUAAAGAUAAAGUUAAUCAACCUUAUGAACAUUUGGAUAAAGUAUUAAAACUUGCUGAAAAUAAUCUAAGAAAUAAAAUUCAACAUUUUGCCUAUCUUCUUAUACAUGGAAGAAUACCAUUUUAUAAAUGUAUUAUUACUAGACCAUAUUGGGGAUUAUCUUCUUAUAAACCGGGAACAUUUGCACCAGCAUUACAAGUUGCCAAACGUCUUCUUUCUAUGGAUCCACGAGGUGAACCAUUGCGUGGUGAACGUGUUGUUUAUUACGUAACAGCUGGAAGAUCUGAUCAAACUUUAUUAUCAUGUGUUCGAAGUGUACAUGAAAUUUAUCCUUCUUUAUGGAUUACUGGGAAAUCCACUUUAUCACGUCGUGUCCUAGGACCACGUUUAAAUUAUGCUUAUUAUUUAGAUAAACAAUUUAUACCUCCAAUUGAAAGAAUGACACAAGUUAUUGGUUGGCGUGUUCGAACUUGGUUAUCAGAACUUCCUCGUUACUUCACUUCUAAACAUCAUCGAUAUAUUUUAACCUCCGAACCGUCUCAUGUUUAUCCUUCAAGACAUCAACAUCAAUUCACUAAUCUAGGUUCACCAUCUUCAUCAUUUAUUUUAUCUCCUAAUUCAUCACAGAUUGAUUUAAUUUCACAAAAUCAACGUAAACAUCUUUAUCGUCCUUCAUCAGUUAUGCGUGCUUUUGUUGGUCAACCACCACGAAUUUGUCCUAGUUGUGAAACAUUAAUACCAAAUACUAGUUUUACUGAUCAAUUAGGUCAUUGUAGAACUUGUAUUGAUGGUAAUUCACGAUUAAUAAAUAUUGGAACUAUAAAAUUUGGUUGUAAUAUUCAUCAUGUACAAUCCCAUUUAAAUCAUUUAGAGACAAUAUGUUCAUAUUGUACAAUCCAUCAUGGUAUUACAUGUGAUCCUAUAUGGUUAUGUAAUAAUUUUUUUUGUCCAAUCCAUAGUCAACGUUUAAUUGCUUCAACUGAUUUAGCUUUAUUUUGGACACAUUAUAAUAGAUGUUUAAAACAUAUGGAUACUAUUAAUUCAUGGUAAUAUCAUAAACAAUGGAAUGAGAUCAAUUGAAAUCAUUUGUGAUUCUCUUUCUGUACCCCCGUCACCACCACAACCACCACCACUUUCUCUCCUUCC